AUGGGAGUCGAGGGCGAUUUCGACGAGGAGACGGCGCGACUGAGCGCGCGCGUCGCCGCGGCGGAACGCCGAGACGCGCUGGGGGGGGGGGGCGCGCGACGAAAGAGAAAGGAGGACGCGGUCGCGGAUGCGGCGCGAAUUCAUCUCUUGGAACCGAUCGAUGCGCGGACGCGCGGACGCGAGACCGAACGAGUUCGCGAGCAAACGCCGAGACGAGUGUGGUUGGGACGACACGCGUUCGACGUGGACGAGCGGUACGACCCGAUCAAGACGAUCGGGCGCGGGGCGUACGGGGUGGUGUGCUCGGCGAACAAUCGCGUCGCGCCGCUGGGUGCGCGAAAUACCGUGGCGAUUAAAAAGUUGACGAAUUGCUUCGAUUCUCCGGUGGAGGCGCGGCGAGCGCUGCGCGAGGUGCAUCUUUUGCGACGGUUGAAGCACGAGAACGUCAUUAAACUCGAAGAUAUCAUGAUGCCCGUGGGUGAUAACGGGCGCAUGGAUGACGUGUACUUGGUAUACGAGCUCAUGGACACCGAUUUGCAUCAAAUCAUUCGAAGCAAGCAAGCGCUGUUGGACGAGCACUGUCAGUACUUCAUCUAUCAAAUCUUGCGCGGAUUAAAGUACGUGCACAGCGCCAAAGUAUUGCAUCGAGACUUGAAGCCGAGCAAUAUCUUACUCAACGCCAACUGCGACUUGUGCAUAUGCGACUUUGGGCUCGCGCGAAGCAUGGUGGAACGCGGACGAAUGAUGACGUCGUACGUCGUCACGCGAUGGUAUCGCGCGCCCGAGUUGUUGUUGAAUUCAGAAGAGUACGCCGCAUCGAUCGACAUGUGGUCCGUGGGGUGUAUUUUGGCCGAAAUCAUCGAUCGUAAGCCUUUAUUCCCUGGGAAAGAUUUCAUCCACCAAAUGCGACUCAUCAUCGAAACGUUGGGCUCGCCCGAAGAAGCCGACAUGGAUUUCAUCUCGUCGCCGUACGCGCGCAAGUACAUCGCCAGUCUUCCUCGCAAACCAAAGGUCGAUUUCGCGGUUCUUUAUCCCGACGCCAAUCCAUUGGCGAUUGAUCUUCUCGAGCGCACCUUGGUGUUCGAUCCUCAACGAAGAAUCAGCGUCGACGACGCCUUGGCGCAUCCGUAUCUCGCCUCGCUCCACGACGCCUCCAUGGAGCCGACGUACACGCCCGCGGCGGACGACCCGCACUUCAAGUCUCUCGACGAACCCGACGCCCACAUUCCGGACGAGUACUUGCGCGAGGCCAUUUACAAUCAAAUGCUAGACAUGAAGUCGGAGCGAGCGGCGGCCAGAGCGUCGUCGACUUCCUUCGCCUUCGCCCCGCGUGCGCAAGCAUUUUUGUAA